GCGUCUUCCCGCGCUUUUUAACGCCGCCAUUUUUAACAUAAUCUGUGUUACAGUUUAAAGUAUUCGUAAAAUGUUUCUAUUAAAUAAGAUAAUUUAAUAUGUUAUUUAAAUUAAAUUGCUUUUCAAAAUGUAAUAUGAAAUAAAAACUUUACCUGGAUUGACAUUUUAAAAAUGGAGUGCAAAAAAACUAUUUGUGAAAAUGUGAAUAGAAAAAUAUCUAAUCUAAUGAGGAGAGGAAAGAAAUUAACAUAUCUAGAGACCAUUUAUGCGGGUCUUAUAGUAUGUUUUGUGCCAUCAGUUGUCUGUGAUUCAGAUUGGUCGAGGGAACUCAGCUACGAUAGAAUAUACAAUAAUACGAACUACCCACAGCUUCAUCAUAAACCGAGGCCAUAUACUAUACCUUUACGUAGUUUUAAUAACCAAAUAGGAUAUAGAAACGUAGAAGAAUUGAAUGACAAUGAGCUGGGCAGAGAAGAUAAUGAAGCUGAAGAGAAGAACAGAGAGGAGUGGAGACAAAGUCAACUGUUGGUGGGAUUUGCUCGAGAUCCCUUUAGAUAUUCAGUGCCAGAGGAAGAUUUUGUGAAAGGUAUUAGAUAUGUAAACCCACGCUCGAAUAGUGGGAGACGCGAAAAUCGAGGUAAACGCGGGCUGUUACAUCUUUACAAUAUGAUCUAUUGCUCUACUGGCUGCGAGCCCCUGUCCUAUAAGGGGUACGGAUGCUACUGUGGCCUGCUCGGAUCUGGGAGACCCACCGAUGGUAUUGAUAGGUGUUGCAAAAUGCACGACGAAUGCUACGAGAACAUCCACUGCCCAGUCUUCACAGUUUACUUCCAGCCGUACUACUGGAAGUGCUACAAAGGUAAGCCACUCUGCGCUCUAGAGAACUACAACACACAGCAUCAGUUCAUCAACGGGUGCGCAGCCAAGUUGUGCGAGUGCGAUAGAAAAUUCGCCAUGUGCGUGAAGAGGUAUAACUGCCCGCGACAGAGGGCGCUGUGUAAGUCUUCUCCGUUGCGGUUGCUACAGAAUUUACUGCUAUUCUGGUAACUCAAUUCGUGGUAAGAAUGCGCGGUGGCUUCAAAAUGUAACAGCAAAUAAUAAAAUCUUCCUGAGAGGACCAAUUUUAAUUUUUCUUUGUGACUUCGGAAAUUAGAGUGCGCAGUAGCACUUCGAGAUAAUAACAAAUACUGAAACCUUCAUGAGCAGAGCUUAUUUUUUUGUGACUUUGGGAAAUUCCUCACCAGCCUCAAAGACAGCAACUGGUGUUAAAAAAUAAGAGUGCGCGGUGAUGAAAUCAGAAACGCAAAUAAUGAAAACUUCAUGGGAAGAGAUUUUUUUUGUGACUUAGAAAUAACUUCACUAGCAUCAAAUACAGCGGUUGGUGUUAAAAGAUAAGAGUGCGCGGUGAUAAAAUCAGAAACGCAAAUAAUGAAACCUUCAUGGGAAGAGAUUUUUUUUGUGACUUAGAAAUAACUUCACUAGCAUCAAAUACAGCGGUUGGUGUUAAAAGAUAAGAGUGCGCAGUGAUGAAAUGUGAAACGCAAAUAAUGAAACCUUCAUUUGAAGGGAUUUUUUUUGUGACUUAGGAAAAACUUCACUAGCAUCAAAUGCAGCGGUUGGUGUUAAAAGAUAAGAGUGCGCGGUGAUGAAAUGUAACACCAAAUAAUAAAUCUUCAUGAGAAGAUAAUAUUUAAUUCUUCUUUAGUCACUUUGGAAAAUCUUUGACUAAGACAGCAAUUGGUAGUAAAAAUGUACUUUCACGUCUAACCCCAGAUGGGCUAGACAGGUGAUAUCAUCUUUAGCGUUAUAGUGAACACAACACUUGAUAUGGCCGCAUUUCGACAAACCAUAAACCAUCAUCUAUUGGAUUAAUUUCGCUUGUUAUCGGUAUAACCAUCACCAGAAAAUUAGUCACAAAUAUAAACCAACUCAAAGUUAUUUCGAAUCGGCCAGAUUUGAAUUCACUACCUUGAGUUCGAAGGUAGCAAACUCAGCUACUUCGCUCUCUAAACUACACUAUGUAUCUCUUAACUUCGUAGCCAGGCCACAUCUCUAUAACAUACUAAUACGUUUCAAUGUAACCGUUCUUAAAAAUUCGCUACACACCACUAAAUCACCCUUAAAACUUAUGGGCGACGAUCACUCAUCACCAGUUGACUUGCAAGCUCAUUUGCUCAAACAAAAUAGCGAAGUUGUAAAAAACGGCAUCCAAGUUCCAGUUAAAAUUAUGCCAUAAUUUGCUCUUGUACCUUAUCUUGUAAAUAA